CUCGAAUUAUGAUUUACAAUUUAUAAACUUUGUAAAUCAUGAUUUGGGAUUUAUACAAUGCAUUUACUUUGUAAAUCAUGAUUUGGGAGUGCUCGUAGUAACACUGAAGUGUCGUGGUUUGUUUAUUUCUAGUGCAUCUUGAUUGUGAAUUUAGUAUAGGUAAAGUGAAAACAAAAUAGUAAAUCGUCAGCUUGAGUGUGGUGGAUUAUCUUAUGUCAGAUAUAUGAAAUUUGUUGCGUGGACGGUACAAUUUUUUUUUGUAAUCAGUAUAUUACUUGGCUUCUACAGUUAUUUGAUAUAGCCACCUUUGGUUGUUUGAAUACAAAAAACAAGGUGUAACAGGUGCUAUGUUGCCGCACUGCAUUGGUUGUCUUGCUAAUGUCUAUUUGGUAGAAAAGUUCUAACAGUGUUAAUCUGUUAACUCCGUUCUCAGGUCUUCUGCUCAAACUGUCUGACCAUACUUUAAUUACUAGAUAUUGUGAAUGAGAAUAUUCCUGCAAUUUUUAAUUUUUAGCAAUAUGUAUUAGUUUUACGAUUUUUAAAACAUUUGUUUGUGUCUUCUGCAUAAAUUCAAAAAUGAAGUAUAGGUUAACGCUCUAACGUGAUAAAAUGUUUUUCAUUCUUAAAUUAAUUAACUGGACCUAAUGAAAACAAGAAAUAUUACAAGAUCACAUACCAGACUUCUGGUAGAGUGUUGGUACGAUUCUGUCAUCGACUGCAGGCAGUAGAAGGCAACUGCACUCGGCAGUUAAGAGUUAUCACCAUGACGAAGUCAUUACUUUGCACUAUUAAUUUGUAUAUUUAUUAGCAACUGACGUUCUGCCAGGCAGCAGUUGCUAAUAAGUAUACAAAUUAUUAGUGCAAAGUAGUGACAUCGUCAUGGUGACAACUCUAACUGCCACCUGGAGUUGAUGUCAGAAACGUACCUUUAAUUUAAUUUUUCAUAUUAAACCAACUUAAUAUAUUUUUGAGGGAAUUAUGGAAGAGCAGACUUGGACUAUUGUACAGUUUCUUGAGGAUAUGUCGGUAGAAGCUGUUCCAACUUUGUGGCUUCGAGGGGACUUGUGUUAUUGGCCUCCAUAUAAGCAGGAGAAGCUGACAAGUGCUAUAAAAAAACAAGCUUUAGACACAAAUUGGUCGCAGCACAAAGUAAAAGUCUUUCGAAAUGCUACUUUUGAUAAUUAUGCGAGAGCAAGGGUCAAGGCCAAAUCAGCAGAAGACUGUAGUGCCAGUGAUCUGUAUUCCGAUCCAGACAUUGGAAAAAGGAAAAGAUUUCCAAAAGUGUUCAGCAGCUCAUCUUCAGAUGAUUCACUAAGUAAUUUGGAGUGUCCCAUAAAAGCUCCAAGAUUUAAAAAAACAAAAAUAGAACAGUAUCCAGAUACAGAGAUUUCUGAAGUCAUAGAUCUUCCCUUCACAGAAGAAAAAGAAGAUAUUCCUUCAAUGAAUGAGCCAGGGUUUUCUGGAGAACAGGUUACACACUGCUGCUUGCAACAAGAGCAUCAAGUCUUAGUGGAACUGAAGAACCAGAAUCAUAUGCUAAGAGGAAUGAUAACGGAUGUUCUCAAGAUUGUUACCGAAAUAAAACAAAAUCAGAGACCAGCAGAACAUUUGGAAACGUCGGAAUCAUUAUUUGUUAAAUAUAACAUACAAUUCCCAAUUAAGUCAGAAGAAGACUUUCUGCAACUUGAUACAAUCCUCCUUGAAGAUUAUAAUUAUAACAAUGCCGUAAAAGAAUUAUCAAAAUUUGGCGGGUCGAGCCCUUACAAUUUUAUAAAAAGAGUUAUGUCAACUAUAUUGUCAGACAAUCUCAUUAUCGAGUACAGUUGGCUGGGUCGUAAGGGGAAACGCAGCCUUGAAAGUACGAUGGUGGGAAAGCUGUUUGUAUCUGCAGCUGACAAAAGUGGCAUUUCGCCAAAUAAAAAAAAAACAGAGGAAGCCAUCAGAAGCUACAUGAAAAGGGGAAAGGAGAGGCUGACAGCCAAAGAAAAUAAAAAUAUGGUUUAAGAUGAAUACUAUUAUUUGUUAAAUUUUAAUAAAAACUUGUUUGAAAUA